UUGGGAAAUAAAAAAGAACACAAAACCCACGAUGGGUGGAUAUGAUGAUUCAUUCAUUCAUUCAUAUUACAGUUUGCGAAGGCAGCCAAGAAUAAAAGAACCGAGUCCCUCACCAUUCAAUGAACAAAGGAUUCUCCAAUUUGACGGUUCAAACAGAAUCUAAUCCCUUCCAAGUUGGUCCCGCCACCAUCACACCAAACAUUUCCCUCUCAUUCCUUUUAGUUCCACCGCACACUUUUUUCUUUUUCCACCUUUUUUCCUCCACAUGUUCUAAGGUCUUUCUUUAUUGAAAAGAUAAUAAACAGUUCUGAAAGAUGAAACUUGCUUUAUGUUCUUCUUUGGAUCUUGCAAAUCUUUCUGUUCAGGGUCUUAGGUGUAAUAGUGGUAAAUCAUUUGUUGGAGUUGGUUUUGUUGCCAAUAAUGACUAUGUUCAAGAAUCUUAUAAUUCUUGUAAUAAUGGUAGUAAAAGAAAGAUGGCUGUUUCUUGCCAUUUAAUGCCUGGACAUUUAGAGGGUUCUUUUAUGGGAAAGAAAAAGUUGGAGGAGCCUAGCAGGAAGUUGGAAUUUUUCAGGACAUUGUUGAUUGAUAACUAUGAUAGUUAUACAUAUAAUAUUUACCAAGAGCUCUCUGUUGUUAAUGGAGUGCCUCCUGUGGUGGUGAAGAAUGAUGAAUGGACAUGGGAGGAAGUGUGCCACUACUUGUAUGAAGAAAAAGCAUUUGAUAAUAUUGUUAUAUCACCUGGCCCUGGUUCUCCAACUUGUGCAGCUGAUAUAGGAAUUUGUCUUCGGUUGCUGCUUGAGUGCAGGGAUAUUCCUAUCUUAGGUGUUUGCCUUGGACACCAGGCUUUGGGUUAUGUACAUGGUGCUCAAAUUGUCCAUGCAUCUGAACCAGUUCAUGGACGCACGAGUGAAAUUGAGCAUCAUGGGUGCAGGCUUUUCCACAAUAUACCUUCCGGCAGAGAAUCUGGUUUCAAGGUGGUUCGCUACCAUUCUCUUGUUAUAGAUGCUGAUUCACUUCCAAAAGAACUUGUACCAAUUGCAUGGACAACUUCUGUUGGCACACGUUCUUUCCUUGAGUCCCAGAAUUCUGAUCUUAUCCCUCAUGCUUAUGAGAGUCAGAUUAGGCCAAGUAUUUCCUCUGAUAUUUUUUCAUCAGAACUAAAUAAUGGAACUUCUUGGUCUUUUAAUUACUCAGAAGUGCAAAGCAAAAAAAUUCUUAUGGGUAUUAUGCAUUCUGCAAGGCCUCACUAUGGUUUACAGUUUCAUCCUGAAAGUAUAGCAACCUGUCAUGGGAGGCAAAUAUUUGAGAAUUUUAGAGAGAUGACUCGGGAUUAUUGGCGGAAGCUGAGGUCAACAUUUGUGAAUGAAAGAAAUUCCUUUUAUACUGCAUGCCUGCAGGUGCCUGAUGCUAGUGAACUGUUUGGAGUUCCUAGACGUGGAGUAUUGGGAUCCAAUGAAGAUGUACUACCAUCUAGAGAAACUUCAAGAAGGAGGCAAUUAUUGGGUAAUAUAGACGUCUCCAGCUUAUUGAAUUUUCCAGAAUCAAGUGUUGGUGUAAAGCACAUAAAGUUGAAAUGGAGAAAGUUUGACAAAUUGGCUGCACAAGUUGGUGGGGCCAGAAAUAUAUUUUGCAGACUUUUUGGCGCUAAUAAAGCUGAAAAUACAUUUUGGUUGGAUAGUUCCUCAGUGGAAAAGAAAAGGGCACGCUUCUCAUUCAUGGGGAAUAAAGGUGGAUCACUUUGGCAGAAAAUGACUUUUAGAUUGUCUCAUCAAAGUGACAUGGAUUUUAAAGGUGGAGGUUAUUUAUCGAUUGAAGAUGCCCAAGGCUCUAUCAGAAGCGUGUAUUUGGAAAAAGGUUUUCUUGAUUUUUUGAACCAGGAACUCCAGUCAUUUCAUUACGAUGAAAAGGAUUUUGAGGGACUGCCAUUUGACUUUUAUGGUGGAUAUAUUGGUUAUAUUGGGUAUAACCUAAAAGUUGAAUGUGGCAUGUUAUCCAACUGCCACAAGUCCACGACUCCGGAUGCUUGCUUUUUCUUUGCUGAUAAUUUUCUAGUCAUCGAUCAUUGUUAUGAUGAUAUUUAUAUAAUGUCUUUACAAGAAGGAUGUGCAACCAAUACCCAGUGGUUGGAUGAUGUUGAACAGAAGCUCUUACAUUUGGAAGCUUCUGCUGCAAGAAAAUUAGGGCAGCAGACUUCACAAUCUGCAUCAUUUUCCUCGAGCAAUGCAGGCUUUCUUGCUGAAACAUCUAGAGAGCAGUAUAUUAGUAAUGUGAACAAGUGUCUGGGAUAUAUUAAAGAUGGAGAAAGCUAUGAGUUGUGUCUAACUACUCAGAUGAGAAAAAGGGUUGGAGAUAUCGACUCUCUCGGACUUUAUCUUCACCUUAGAGAGAAAAAUCCAGCACCAUAUGCUGCUUGGCUUAAUUUUUCAAGUGACAAAUUAUGCAUCUGUUGUUCUUCCCCUGAGAGGUUCCUACGGUUAGAUAGAGAUGGUAUUCUGGAAGCAAAGCCCAUUAAGGGUACUAUAGCUCGUGGCUCAACACCAGAAAAAGAUGAACAACUUAAAUUGCAGUUGCAGCACAGUGAGAAGGAUCAAGCUGAAAAUCUGAUGAUUGUUGAUCUCCUGAGGAAUGAUCUUGGCCGUGUCUGCAUACCUGGCUCUGUUCAUGUGCCAAAUCUUAUGGAUGUGGAAACAUAUGCAACUGUGCAUACCAUGGUGAGUACAAUUCGAGGAAUAAAGAGGUCAAAUUUAACUGCAGUUGACUGUGUGAGGGCUGCAUUUCCUGGUGGUUCAAUGACAGGUGCUCCCAAGUUAAGGUCUAUGGAACUUCUCGAUUCUCUUGAAAGUUGUUCCCGUGGGAUCUACUCGGGUUCCAUUGGAUUUUUUUCAUAUAAUCAGACAUUUGAUCUGAAUAUUGUGAUAAGAACAGUUGUAAUACAUGAAGGUGAAGCUUCUAUAGGAGCAGGAGGGGCUGUUGUUGCUCUAUCAACUCCUGAAGAUGAGUACGACGAAAUGUUAUUGAAAUCGCGCGCACCAGCAAAGGCAGUGAUAGAAUUUCAUUAGGAUUAGAAUCAUCAUUUUAGAAUAGUAUAGAUGGUUGUAUUCUUGUUCCUUUUUUCCAGCGUCUUAUUAUCUCACACCAAAGCAUACUAAAUCCUCAAGAUAAGCGAGGAAAUAUAGCCUCUGUUUUUUUUUCUUCUGAACAUUUUUUCCUGAGACCACAGAUUCAUUCUGUCAGAGAUUACAAGCAUUUUCUUUUUCUUUCUUUUUUUUUUUUUCUUUUUUCUUCUUGUUGUGUCGAUCAUUGGCAAGUCAUGGCCCAGUGCCUUGAUUUUGAUUUGUUUUCUAUUGGUUACCAAUACAAACAUAUAUACAGUUCUUUUCUUUUC